CGAUUAUCUUUUUUCCCGUUAAUCAAAGUCGCCAUUUCAUAUGCUAAUCCCACCUUAAAAGCCAGUAGUUAAUUUCCCGUCGGACUCACAGUCUAGUGUAAGCUAGCGUGGCGUUAAGGGUUUCCCCCCCUCACUCUUCCUCCGCCACUCCCUCUCUCAAACUCGAUGUCAACCUCCGCCCAAAUCCUCCAAUCAGCAGCGGAACCAAGGCAGUCCACGGAUCAGACGGCGGAGGUCAAGCCAGUAUCCGAUCUCAAUUUCGUGGACGAUUCCUACUUCGAUUCUCUCUUCGCCGAAGACGACGAAGAAAACGACGCCGUCUUGCAAACUCUGCCGCCGCCGCGAGCGGGGGAAUCUUCUGACGACGAAGACAAGGGAGAAGUCCUCAAACUCAUCUUCCCGGUCUCGGACGCCAAGUACGCCCACGGAUUGCAAGUCCAAGAGGCCCUAAUCGGCUCAAUCUCGCUCUACCGCGGCGAAACCCUCGGCGCGGCUGGCACGGGAGACGAGGAGGUCGAGAGCCCCGGGAAGCGGAUGAAGGUGGACGAAGGCGAAUCGUCGCUGAGAUUCUGCGAGAUUUGCGCGGAGAGGAAGGAGCCGGACCAGAUUCUCGCCGUCGCAGCCUGCACCCAUGCGUCCUACUGCUCCGACUGCAUCUCCCGCCACGUGGAGACCAAAAUCGGGCAGAGCGUGGUGACCGUCACCUGCCCCGCGUCGGGAUGCGGGACCGUGAUCGAGCUCGAGUCGUGCCGCGAUGCUCUCCCCAAGGGAGUGAUCGAGCAGUGGGAGGAGGCUCUGUGCCGGAACCUGAUCGGGGAGUCGGAGAGGUACUACUGCCCGUUCAAGGACUGCUCGGCGAUGCUUCUGGUGGAGGAGGCAGGAGCGGAAUUGAUCAGGGAAUCCGAGUGCCCGUACUGCCACAGGCUGUUCUGCGCGCAGUGCGGCGUGCCGUGGCACUCUGGGGUGGACUGCGAAGGGUUCCAGCGGCUGGGGCAGGACGAGCGUGGCAGGGAAGAUAUCAUGGUGAUGGAGAUGGCCAAGAGCAACAAGUGGGGAAGAUGCCCGCGGUGCAAAUUCUACGUUGAGAGGACCGAAGGCUGCCCUCACAUCAUUUGCAGGUGCAAACAUGAGUUUUGCUAUGGGUGUGGAGAGCAAUGGAGCUCGAAUCAUGGCGGGUGUACCAGAGAUUGAUCGGGGUCGAGCUAAUGGACUGGAGGUAGAGGGUCAUGUUUGUUGGUUAGAUUUUGGCUUUUGCUGUCUUUGGUUCAUUUUUCCUUUGUAAAUGGUUGUCGCUACCAAUUGGAAAACGGGAGUGCCGUAUGUUCCAAAGCAUUUGGGUACAUGAUGUUUACUUGCAAAAGUUGAUUAAGAGAGGCUGUUUUGGCUUUUAGUUUUUCGUUGAUUAUCAUUGUGUCUUCCAUUGUCAUUAGGCAUUUUGGUGAUAAUGAC